AAAAAAUAAUGCUCGCAACUAUAUCGUUAUCAACACAGAAUUUUAAUCAAAAGGCCAAAUAUUGACCUCAGAUCAGAUGAACGAACUGAAUCUUCCUCAAUUAGACUAGUCAGUCAUCAAGUGCAUUCGUGCUUGAGACGGUCCUGAAUGAAAAGUGAAAACACGGAGUAAGACUGCCCAAAGAAAGAUGGCGACACCACUUAAGGAUAUCAGUGGUUCCUGUGGGCAGCUUAGCUGUCUCACUUUCCACUUAAUAGCGUUGGUCAUCGCGACGGUUUUGAUUCCAUGCGAAACCAGGAUCAUUUCAAACGUGGAUGAAAAUGACAUAGUUAGCUCGAUAUCACCGGAGCUUACAAGUACCUCAAGUCCACUUCCAACUUCACCUUCCGAUUCAGGUGCUGAAUUAACAUCGAAUGCGACCACACUCAAGAAGGAGAUCCCCGACCUCUAUGAGCCUUACAUGAAAGGUAUGACAAAUCAGUUGGGAGAUUUUGAUUUAGAGUUUGCGCUGGACUAUUACAGCGAAAAGACUUUGAUCAAAGAAUACAAAUUCGACUCAAUAAACUUGGUGAAGAAGCUUGCAGACUCCGCCAUGGCCCAUAACACUCCGCCGAACUCGUUCUUGGAGGAGAUCCAAGAUCUGAUCUCCUUGCAGAAUCGAUCUCGGACUGAGCCGGACGAGAGCACUACUCGUGAUGAGGUUUCGCAGCUGAACACAGGACUUCUUAGCGAGAGUUUUCUCAAACGAAUGGCCGAGGGCUGGAAGAACGAGCUGAAAAGACUCGAAAAGAAAUACAACGUCAGCUCAGAAUGUACUGGCCCGGACUCGAUAACUCCAACGCGGUUGGCCCUCAUGUUUCCGCACUACCUCAACUUCGGCCAGAGACCAUUCGCAGUAGGGUCCAAGAUAAACUUACGCCUGAAUGACUACCAUACCACAACACCAGCUCCAACAGAGCCCGAUUGUGAUCCUUACUAUAUGAACAAUUAUGGCCAGUGCCGUUCACGAUCAACAGUGUAUGUUAGUAAAGUUGUUGACGAAUCCUACGAGGUGCCAGCUUUCUUGAAACGGGCGGAAUUUGGUGGAAUGAUUCCUCUCGCACGGAAGGAUGCUCCAUCAGCUUACCUUUCUCAAACCAACGUCAAACGUCUUAUAGCCUUGCAUCUGUUCGCACUUUACGGAAGUGAGCAAAAUGAUGUGAUACCCUUCCGGACGAAGUGCGUAUUGCUACGAAUGCGCAUGCAAAGGUGCGUGCUAUCCAACAAACGAAGAAUCAGAUUUCUUGAUAACAAUGACAUUACUGAAUCAACUCUAGGUAGUUUGGCAUCGUCUUUACAAAGAGCGUAUAAUAAUCUUCCUUCUGAUUUCAAAUCGAAAAUCAACUGGAAAAUUUUUGAGUUCGGAGAAAAUUCCAUCGAUCCACUGUCAGUCGUUGAUCCUGAAAGAAGUUCACCAAGAGAGGAAGAUUGAAACAUAUAAAAGUUAACGGAAAGAUCUAUUUAAGAAAAGGUAUGCGGAUUCUGAUGCAUAUAAUUUUGGAUCGUCAGUUUAAAAAAUUUAAUUUGUGGGGAAACAUUUUAGAACGAAUAAAAAUAUUUUAAGUAUGAA